UUACAGAUACCUGUAGACCUUUUUAUCAUAUACAACCUCUACACCCUGUGGGAGUACCUUCGAACCGGCCUCUCAACCAGGGCAUGGUGGAACAAUCAAAGAAUGUUGAGAGUAACAGCCAUGAGUGCAUGGUUGCUCGGAACUUUCAGUGUUAUACUGAAGCUCUUAGGACUAUCAGACACAGUGUUUGAAGUAACCCAAAAGGACCAGUCAACUGGCAAUGACGACAACGAAGCUAAUGCCGGAAGGUUCACAUUCGACGAGUCCCCAAUUUUCAUACCCGGCACCACUGUUUUGUUGGUGAAUUUGACAGCGUUGGCCGUCAGAUUGUUAGGGUUCCGAUUGGUGGCUAGCAGUGGAGAUGGGUCAGGGGUAGGGGAGGUCAUGUGUAGUGUGUAUGUAGUGUUGUGCUUCUGGUCAUAUUUGAAAGGGCUAUUCGGGAAAGGGAAGUACAGGAUUCCCUUAUCCACCAUAUUCAAGUCAGGGGCCUUGGUAUUAUUGUUUGUGCACUUGUGUAAAUGGACCUCAAUGGGUUGAGCUUUAAGAAGGAAUUGAGUCUUGAAUGAAACUUACUGUUACCAUCCAUUUAUCUAAUGAAAUUAUUGUUUUGCCCUUAAAAAUUAUAAGACGGGCUUUGUAGAACUGCA